AUGAAUGAAGCAAAGAACUAUAGGGGUAUCUCUAUUGGAGCAAAUUUGAGUAGAAUUCUAUCGAAGAUAAUAACAGAGCGCCUUAAAGGUGCGUACGAGAAGAUCCUCAAUGAAAAUCAGUAUGGCUUUCGUGCUAAUCGAUCAACAGCUGAUGCCAUUUUUAUUACCAACAAUGUAAUACAAAAACAUGAUGGAACACUUGUAGUAACAUACGUUGAUUUGACAGCUGCUUAUGACCAUAUCCCACGUGAUCUACUCAUCAGGGUUUUAUUGAUUAGAACAGGAGCCAAACACAUUGCUGACCUAAUAAAAGCCAUGUAUGAAGGAACAAUUGCAUGUAUUGCCGGAAUGAAAACGUUCUUUGAUGUGUUGGUUGGAUGUCGACAAGGAGGACAAGAAUCUCCCUGCCUGUUCAACUUGUAUUUUGACUAUGUUUUGAGAAUUGCUGAAAACGAAAUCGAUGACGCUCUACCAGAUGGAUGGGGUAUAAAAUUUGAUUUUAGAAUACCAAAUGAAUGUACAAGUAGAGAACAGAAGAGA